UCAACCCCCACAAAGCCACUUCCUUUCCAGCAAGUAGAAAACAUCUAGGAACAUGAAUUUUGCUCUUAUUUUUUUCAGCUCUGUAGAAGAGGAUUUUAUCUGUUCUUGGCAAAGAUGAAGUCGGACCUUUGGUAUUUCUUUCUCUUCUGCUUCCAAGUUGAAGUUCUAACAGAAGAAAUCGAUGAUUUUGCCAAGUCUAAAAUAUUCACAUUUCACAAUGGAGGUGUACAAAUGUUAUGCAAAUGCUCUGAGAACGUCCAGCAAUUUAGAAUGGAGUUGCUGAAAGGGAAGCAAAUAAUCUGUGAUUUCAGAAAGACAAAGGGAAACGGAAACACUGUAUUCAAUCAGAGUCUGAAAUUCUGUCAAUUAUCCAAUAACAGUGUCUCUUAUUUUCUGAAUAACUUGGACAGUUCUCAUGACAGCUAUUACUCCUGCAGACUAUCAAUUUUUGAUCCUCCUCCUUUUCAAGUGAAGGUGAAGAGCGAAUAUUUGCAUAUUUACGAAUCGCAGCUUUGUUGCCAGCUGAAGUUCUGGUUACCCAUAGGAUGUGCAGCUUUUGUUGUCGUCUACAUUUUUGGAUGCACAUUUUUAUGUUGGUUUAAAAAUAAGAAGCACCGAUCCAGUGUGCAUGAUGCGAACAGUGAGUACAUGUUCAUGGCAGCGGUGAACACGGCUAAGAAGCCAGGGCGCACAGAUGUUGCUCAUAACUUGGGACUCUCUAGCACCCAGGCAUGAACCACAUUGGCCAUCUCCCCACUACUUGAAGUGCAAGAUUUCCUCAUUUCCUGAACCCUGGAGAGUCUGGCUUGAUUUGACUACAUACAUCUUCUACUGAUGUUUUGUUCAACCUGGACCAGUAACUAUAUCAGUCAACAGGAAUAUUAACAGACUGCCUCAGAGCUGCUGAGUUCUAUGGGAACAAACACCCUCUUGCAACUUUAUGGAAAGCCGGGGUCACGUGUACCAACGAACAGACCUGGCAGGGAUGGAAUCACUUUCACAUCUGCUGCUAGCCAGUAAAACAAACACAUCUACAAACAUUGUUAAAAUAUGGCAAGGGCACUGAAUCCACAAAGCAAACGGGCCUCUGAGGGCCAGCAUCAGUCCGCAGUUCACUAACAGACUACCUCUUCUUCUUGUAGGAUGAGCUUCCCGUUUUAAAUCAGACAGUAGAGGAGUUGCUUCAAAACUGUAGCUAUUUUAUUUCUGAGGUGUCAACCUGUGACUAUAAUGUACUGAUGCAUUAGUGCACAGUACUCUUCUCCAACUUCUGAACUCCCGUCCGCCACUCCACCAAGAGUUUAGAUACCUUCUGCUCUCAAUUUUUCUUUUAAAAAUAUUUCUACAUGACUAUUUGAUAGAUGCUCUGAGGAGGGAGCUAUGUCUAUAUGUUUUCCUCUACUGCUACAUAAAAUACAUACCAUAUAAAAAAUUAUAUAAUAUAUAUAAAUAUAUGAGUAUAAUAUACACACACACACUCUGAUGAAUAUGGUUUACUUAUAUUCUUCCUACAAGAAUAGACAUCUUUUUUCCCCUAGAUUCAGUUAACAUGGUGUAUUUUCUUGACUUGGUAUUAGUGGUAGGAAACAUUGGCCAGAAUGGAAAGUGACUUCAUUUUAUGAUCCUGUUUUCUACCAUUACCUAUGUUUUCAAGGUGCUAUUAAAUUACAAGCUGGGCUAUUUUUGUAAUCAAGGUCCUGGGGUAGAGACAAUGAUCUACUCAGUAUCAAAGCUGCGGUCUCCGGAGGUCACUGCCAAACUCCGGCCCUGCUGCCUCUGCUCUCCACUGGCUGAAAUGAGCCCCAUCAGCCUGGAGCAGCCAUCAGACCUGGAUGGAAUUCCACGGGUUGAGAGACUCCCCUGAGCGAGGGCCAACCAGGCGCUGUUGGCCUCAGAGGCUGACGUCAUCCUGGGACCACCGUGGGCGAGCCUGCAUUUGUCCCUCCAGGAUUUGUGAAGAAGCAUCAGCAUGAUGGCCUCGCCUAGAAACCAUGCCACUUGGAAGCUGGCCUGGCCCUUCAAGACAGAUUUGGUUGGAAGAUGCUUAGAUAUGUGUAACCUGGUUAUUCUUAGCCUGGAUAUCUUCUCUUCUUCCUGUGUGCAUGCCAAAGAUUUCUGAACCAGCCAAUGUGUAUUCAACGAUAGUUUUAACUGUAGGUGAAAAUGGGGUUAUGGUCGUUUUAAAAUGUGUAGUUGCCUGCUUAUAGUUUAUUUUUUUUUAAAAAAAGUGAUAUCUGAUAUGUCAUUAAGCAUGCUUAUAUUAUUUUAAGCAUGUGUAAUGCUGGAUGUGUACAGUACAAUACUGAAUUUGUAAUUUGAAUGAAGUAAGAUGUUCUUUGUUUUCAGCGGACUUGAACAACCUGGCUGGCUUUGCAGAGGUGUUUCCUAAGGCAGCUUUCUGUGUGGGGGAUCAGGGUGGGGAGGCCCUUCAUGUGGCGUGGUUGCCCAAGCAGUGCCCUGAAGCAUCCGCAUCCUCAGCAUGGCACAUUUCAAAGUGAAUUGCUGAAGGAUACAAUUUCUGUGAAAUAAAAACUGGUUUGAAGAGGAGCUGCUUAUGAAAUGAAUUUUAGCAGUAGUAGGAAACUAAAUAAUAAACAUUUGAUAUUCAGCAACUGACCUCUCAGUGUUUUCUUGGGGGAGGGAAAUGAUUUAUCUUAGCACAUUUCCCCUUAGUCUUCCUUUUCUGG